AUGUCCAUUAUGCUCUUCAAACAAUUGAGGAUUAACUGUAUCUCUAUUAUAUCUAAUAUCCAGAGGUGUAGUAACAAGCACUUUUCUCAAAAUAUUAGUGAUGCUUAAGUUGUAGAUACAAAUGAUGAAACCAAUAAAGGUUUAUUAAAAUAAUUCCUAUCAGUAAAUCAUAAGUCAAACCUAGCGCUCAAAAAUAUAUGA